CAAUAUGACGGCAGAAGAAUAUAAUUUCCGGAUGCACAGAUUCCAAACUUGCGGUUGGUUUCCUGCCAAAUAUCUCCGGUGCAAGGGAAAUGUGGAAAUAUUAAAGAACUUACGAGGGAAGCUCAAUUGGGAGAUGGAAGAAGAACGACAUAAAUUUCUCAAUCAACUUUAUCCUAUACUGGCAGGUAAUUGGGUGGGUCCACCUCCAAAUCUCCGGGACAUUUUUGGAAAAGGCGAAAUUGAUUGGCUUCUCGCGGAGUCUGUGAAAAAUAAACACGAAGACACGCCCUUUCUCGUCGACUUCUUAAUUUGCACUGGCUACAAAGACGAGCCUGAAGUCGAUAAAGACGGCAAGACAAUAAUGCGUCGCACUACUGCCAUACAUCAUGCGGCUAAAGUUAACCACGGCCACUAUUACAUCGAUAAUCUAUUCAAAAUAUAUAACAGGUUUGACGUUAAUUACACCGACGAGACAGGAUUUACGCAUUUUCAUGCGGCCUGUAAAUUUGGCCGUCACGACGUCGUCAAGAAAUUUCUCGAGCUCGGCCAGGAUCCCGAUUGUCUCCCUCACGAGGAAUCAAAUGGUCCACCUUUACACUAUGCUCUGAUCCAUAGUCGUAAGACGGUCGCGCGAUUACUGCUGAGAAGCGGCGCCGACCCGAAUUCGCUCAACGCAAUGAAGUCGACACCUUUGCACGUCAUUUGCCAGAGAUACCAAUAUCAGGACGAUGAUUUGGCGGAGAUAUUUUUCAAGAUCAACGAUCGCAAGCGUCAACGGGUGCAAGUCCACGCCCUGGACGAGUUCGGUCGGACGCCGCUGCAACGGGCCGUGGCGAAUCUCAUGCCGAAAACCGUCGAUAUCCUUCUAGAUAAUGGCGCUGAUUUGUCUGGCUUCGUGUUCCCGACCGAGAGUCACUUCGACGAGCGCCUCAAACGGUACAAAAGAGCAUGGAUCGGAUCGAAAUUAGAAGUAGCGCUUCACGCGCUGAAGGUCGUCGAGUGCCUCGAAAAAAGAGGAUACGAAUCGGACCGUAUCGAUGCCCUGAAGAUUAUGAAGAUAUUCGCCGAGCUCGAAAUGUUCCCGAAAUCGGCGGUUCUUAAAGAAUGUCGUCACGACGAAGACGAGUAUCCCUCAGGAGUGGAACGGAAUACGAUAAGGGAUAACGAUCCGAGUCUGUUGCUGUACGACCAGCUGAUCCAAUUGCGACCCAAAGAGGCGGCGAAACUAGUCACGAAUUCGGAUUACUCGAAGUUGUCGCGCUCGAUCGAUGCCAAGUGCUCGCACACAGGAAUACCCCAUACCGCUUGUACGGUGCAUCUGUGCGAGACGAUGUCCAGAGAAUUUUUUCGGCGUUGGGCACUGGAUCCUCUCUUGGAGCUCACUCACGGCCGACUGCCAAUUCCGUGUUGCGAAAUGAUCAUUGAUAAUCUAAUGAACGAGGAUUUGUUGAGAAUAUGCCUGGCAGCUGAAAUCAUUGAAAACGAACAGAGCCAAAUGACGUGAGUGCGUUUGCCAUGAUAAUAUUCAUUUUACGGACUUCACUAAAUAAUAGUUCGUUUAUGCUACGUUUCAACCUUCCAAGGCUAUUAUUUUCAAAGCAAGGACUUCAAGGAAUUGCACUUUUAAUUUUUAAUUAAUAUAAAAGCUAAAAUAUUU